CCCAACUCUGCCCGGAGCCCCUGGCCAGGGCGCAGCGGCUGAACGGCUGUGCCUGGGAGAGGCACGCACCCGCGGCUCCCUGCGGGCACCUGUGCGGAGAGGUAGGUGGGACGCUAGCUGGGAUCUUCGGGGGGAGGGCGGUGUAGAAAUUUAAUUAAUAAUAAUAAUAGCUGCUGUUAAGGGCGGAGGGUGGAAGGAUCGGUCUUGCAAUGGCGCGAUCCUGGGCAUGGUUGCUCGGAAGAAAGUGCUAUUGGUCAGUGAUGUUUACUCCCAUGUAAUUGGGUCUGAGGUUGAAGGCUGGGUCUUUCUCGUGCUGGGCGUGGUGCCCCCGAGGCUGAGUCUCUGCCCCACGCCCAAGUGAAGCUUGUUCGCCCAGAGGGAACCCGAAGAUGUUCUAUCUAGCCCAGAGCCUUUUUCGCCCCCUUCCCGAGAUUGAUUUGAGCCAAGGCUCAGUAGCACGCCCCCACUCCAAUAACCCAAUUUUAACUCCAGGGCUCAAUGUGUCUGGUACAAGUCGUUAUGAAGAGAGUGUUGUUGAGCAUGUGCAGAGUGUUUGUUCCUCCUUAGCGAGGGCGGGGAGAAGCAUCUCUCACAUCUAGGUGGAUUUAGAGUCCCGAGGUGGGAUUUGCAGGCUGGUGUGUGCUUUCAUUAGGAUGUGAUCUUGCCGGAGCUUUCCUAGUGGCAAAUAGUGCGGUAGUAAGGUGAGAUGAAACUGACAAAAGUGAAUGUCCCUGAGCACACACAAAGUGAUUUUUUUACUGCAGCUAGACUACUCACCACCUGGUAUUAGGGAGGUGAAGCUUCCAAGUCAGACAGCUUUGCGUCCAAGCAGGUCUGCACCCCUGGAGAUCUCAUUUUGGGACUGACCACUGGAGAUGAUUUGCUUAAUCUCUCUCUCCCAUCUGAUCCCAGGAUCACCUGCUUUUUCUCCUGGGGGGGGGGGGCUUCAGCAAACUUUUAAGGUUGUGGAGGGAGGGAAUGGCCUGCCACAAAGUGAGAGGCUCCAUGCAACUAGUUGGCAGGAGCUUAUUCCCUGUAGGGAAUCCGCAAGCAGGCAAAGGUCAAGCCUCCUGUGUCCUUCCUUGGCAUUCAACUUGGCACUGCCCCUUCCUCUCCUAAAUGUAGUGGCCAACUCAGGGCCUUUAUUGGCUAUUAGAAGGCAUUGGUGUAGGACCAGCUGGGAAAAACUAGAUUCCCAGUGGACGACAAAUAUGAUAUGAUUGCUGGUACAGGAAUCUGGGAGGUCUGCGUUCAGCUCCAUGCUUGGCAAUGAAGCUCAUUGGGCAACCCUGGGCCAGUUGCCAUCCUUGCCCCUUAACAGACCUCACAGGGCUGUUGUGAGGGUUAAAUAUACAGAACCUUGAGCUCUUUAAGAUGAAAAGUGGGAUGAGCAUCUAAUAAGGCCCGUUAGUAGCCUGGCUUCAGGUGGUCCCAUUCACAUGCUCCAGAAAGCAUCCUCACGUUUUGUACAUAUACCGUAAUUCUCUCAUCCCCUUGUUGGUAUCUAUCAAAGUGGAAUUCCGGGAGGCUUUGGCAGUGGCUGGUUAGAAGAUGCUCUCUGCAACAGCAUUCUGCGUGAGGCUGCUGCUGAGAAGCAAUCCAAGCGAUGGGACAUUGGGCUUGGCUGUGAGGAGUGAAUGCUGAAAUCCUUCCUCAGCCAUGACCUUCACUGAUGAGGGUUUGGGACAAGUAGUGAUAUUGGAGCAUGUGUGGCUUUUGCGGUAUCUUACGUAUUGAUUUUCAGUGCAUCCUCAUCUCCAAUGUCACUGGUGCCCUUGAACAACCCACAUAGAUUCCCCAUGGCCUGGGCCACCUUUCUGCAACCUGGAGCCCUCCAGAUGUUUGCGGCGACAGCUCCCAUCAGUCCCAGCAAGCGCCAGAUUGGCAAAAGAUGGCCUGCAUUUUUGCACUGUGGUGUUUGUAGCAUUGGCACAUGAGACCAUGCAGGAAAAACCUCAUGCAUGUGUUUCCAGGUCCUAUUUCCCGGGUUCUCUUUUGUGCCAAUGGACUGAAAUAGAUGUGCUGAAAGAACGUCCUGCGCAGGCAGCCUCCCACUACAAAAAGGGUUUUUCUAUAAGUCUUCCCUGAGAUAAUGGUUGCAGAAUGUUUAUGGCAAUUGCAUAGACAUGGUCUUGCAAAUUUCUUCGUACCUGCGUCAAGUAUCACACGGUUGCCCGAGUGGUGAGAAGGGGGAAAGAUUCAGAUGGCUCAUCUGAGGUGUAGAGAAGGACAAAGCUGUAGGUAUACUGAGUGCAUUUUAAUCUAUAUGCAUGACUCAGUUGCUUGUUGUUGUGGCGAAGCGUGCAGAAGGAACACCUUGUUGCUUCUGUCUCAUCUGCACCCUGCUGUGAGGGAGGGGUGGUGUGUGGUAAAAGGGGAUUGCAGCAGGAAAAUAGUAUGCAAGGAUUAAGAAGACCCAUCUUGGCCCAAUCCCUGCGCUGAUCUUCCAGCAGCUGUGUGUUUUUAUGUGUGUACCUUUAAUGUUCUUUUUUCCCUCCCCCAAAAGAACUGCGUAACUGUGUGUCUGCCCGAAACACCUGGGAGCCAGCUGUGUCUGGAGUGGUGUUUGACGUAAAGAACUCUGGUUCAUCAGAUGCUGUCUGGUAGCAGCUUUACCUGUCCUUGGGAGUGACAUUAAAAUGCAAGAAACGUGUUUCCUGGUCUCUCGUUCCUCCUGGUCUCCUCUAAUCUGCUUCAUAAAGUGGUCUGAUUGCUCUAGCUCAGGGCUGUUGGCUGCUGGGCUUGGGGUCUUCCAUGAGGCCCUUGGGGUGAGAUCUCCAAUGUGGCCCAAGGCAAUCUGUGCAAACCAGUUAUUGAGACAGGAGUGCAAACAUUUGGGCUGGGCUUGGUGGCCAGUCACUGUUUCUAGUGAUGGCUUCCUGACCCCCAGAGGCAAGUUACACUGCAUCCCUCAUGUAAAGUGAAAAGUGGGGGGCUUAAAGGGGAACUGGUGGGUGACUGGCAUGUGUACCUCAUUCUAGUCAGCCCUUGAGACCGAUACACUCUCACACUCACUGUAUUUUUCGUUCUAUAAGACGCACCCGACGAUAAGACGCAUCUAGUUUUAGAGGAGAACAAGAAAAAAAUUAUUCUUGCCCUCUCUGCUCAGCGUCUCUCCAGCAAAGUGAGAGGAGAAACAGAAGGGGCUCCAUUUCUCCUGCCACUUCGCUGAAGGGGCGCUGCACAGCUUUCCCUCUCUGCGCAGCACCCCUUCAGCGAAGCGGCAGGAGAAGCGGAGCCCCUUCCAUUUCUCCUCCCGCUUUGCUGAAGGGGCGCUGAGCAGAGAGAGAAAGCUGCGCAGCACCUCUCCAGCGAAGCGAAGCCAAGAGAGCAAGAGGGAUUGGUGCGCACCGAUCCCUCUUGCUCUCCUGGCUUCAGCGAAAGCUGCGCGGCCUGCAUUCGCUCCAUAAGACGCACACACAUUUUCCCUAACGUUUUAGGAGGGGAAAAGUGCGUCUUAUAGAGCGAAAAAUACGGUAUCUUCCCUUUGCUGUUAGUGACUUUUUGAAAACCAGUUCAUUCUUUAGCGGAAUAACACUAGAUCUUUGCCUGUUGGUCUCUAGAAUUAAGCUUGCGAUUGCUACUGAUGAACAUAUUUGAAGAUCUCUGAAUUGCACCAGCCUCAGAACUAGGAAAUGAGGCUUUUACUAAAGCAGAAAGGGUGUUCUAUUAAUCCUCUCCUGCACCUCACUUGAAACAGCAAUUCAAGUGCUCAGGAUUGAGAAGAGGAUGUAGUUGGCAAUUUACCAUUGUUUGCAAGCCACAAAGGGAUGUGGAAUACCAUUUGCCAGAGAACAACAACACGCUCCUCUUAGGGUUUCCAGGAGGCAUAUGCCUGGUCUCUGUGGAACAAAAUGCUUAACUGGAUGGGCUUUUAGGGUUCUUCUUAUGAAUAUGUGGUGUCCUUUGAUCAGUGGGAAAGGAGAGAUGUGCAGCAGAAAUGUUUAGUCUGGCAGGACUGGGAGCCACACUUCCUAGCAUUUAAAAGGUUUUUGGAGGCAAAGCAGCAGCAUGUGGCUUAGAGGAUGGGGACCUGGAGCUCCAGUCUGAUGUUCUCAGAGGGAGGAGGAACUGGUAUUGUUGGUGGCAGUGCUAGUGAAGAACUUCGGCAUGCAUGUAGAAAGGUGGUGUGUUAAAGGGAUUUAAAAAAAGAUUAAGCAGACCACAGGACUUACUGCUGUUCCCCUCCCCAUCAAAAGAAUAUUUUAUGAACAUGAAGAAGUGGAAACCCACAAAAUUGGCCAGAAAUAUAAGGAUGAAGGUGACCUCCCAAGCACAGGAUUUCCCUACUGGUUCAUAAGGGAAAACAUCAGUCAUGGUCCUCCUUUGACCGCAUUCCCUUGAUCUCAUGGCUAGAGAGAUGUUGCUGAAACUCAUAAUUACCUGGCUUAGAAAACAGGUUGCCCUGCUUGUAAUGAAUGAAUGCACUGCAAAUCACAAUUGCUGAUUCAUUUCAGCAGAGGUGAGCUUCCCAUAACUAGCUGAGCUGUGGCGUUUCUGGCUUCCGUGGAGCCUCCUGAGUCUUUGCCUCCUCCUGCUGCAAAACAUGAGGAAGUAUGUGUGCGCUUCAAAAGUACACUUCAAAAAUGUAUUUCCAUAGCAAGUCAUUUAUCAUAUUUCUUCCGUAGGUUCUUCCCAGGAGGAUGUGGACAGCUUAUUCCCAUCCUUCAUUAGUUAGCCAGGCUGAGGCUGGGCAGCUGUGUUAUAAAACGGGUACAUGUCUCACUGUCGGAAGGUGAGAUCAUGGCAACACUUCAAGUCAGGCUUUGGUAACCUGGUGUCUUCUGGAAGCUUUGGAAAAACAUCUGGAGGGCACCAGGUUGGCGACAGCUGGUGGAAGGGUUGAGUGUAUUAGGGGGAAAACAACAACCUCACAACUUUAUCGUGCCAGUUUGAACAGCUUUCACCCUGUAUGAGAUCUAUUGUGCUUCAUUGGGCAAAGUGCUUGAGUGUGUGAAGCAGUUUCAAGGUUUCUUGAAUCAGAAUAUUCUUUUCCAAUCAAGUUCCAAGCCUUCUUUUGGAACUGAAAGUGCUGGUGGAAGCCCAUCAACAAAGGUCCACCUCUCUGUGGCUUAUGAUACCAUCAACUAUUGUACCCUUCUGAAUCACCUUGGUAGGAUGUAGUGGCUCCAUCCUCUCUUGAUGAGUCAGUCCCAGAAAGUGGUGGUGGGAGACUGCAUUUAGGAUAUGUGGUACUACAUGUUCCAUCUUGUUUCCUGUUCCCUUAACAUACAUGGAUCUGCUGGGAAAGGCCGUUCAGGGAUUUGGACCAGGAUAGGACAUCAUCUGCUUGCAGAUGACACUGAGCAACAUCUCUUGUUUGCAUCUUCUGAUCCUAGGGAGGCAAGAUUAGAAGCCCUGAAUUGGUGUCAUCUUUGGAUUGGAUGAGGUCAAACUGAAGCUUAACCACGCAAGACGGAGGUACUGUUGGUUGGGGGGUUCUAGUGGUCAAUAUGUUUCAGACAAGAUUGCACCCUCCUCUCUCUGCCCUUUCCUACACAAAAUGCAGCAGGUUUGCAGUUUGGGGAGUAUCCCUGGAUCAGGAUCUGCUCCUUAAGCAGAAUUGAUAGUUGUGGCCAGUAGCGUGUAUUACCAACUUGAUAUUUUAUGCCAGCUAUACUGGCAAAAGCACAUCUGGCCUGUGUGUUCAUGUCACCUCCAGGCUAGCUUCCUGCAGUGUCCUGUAUGUGGAACUGUCCUUGAAGACUCUGGAAACUUCCAUUGACUCAAUGCAGCUGGCAGGAUUCUGACUGGAGCUGUUCUACUGGAUAAUAUUUUAUCAAUCUUUCACCAGCUGUGCUGGAUACCAUUCUGCUUCCAGACUCAGUUCAAGGGGCUGGUAUUGACCUUUACAGCUCUAAAUGGCCUGGCACUAGAAUCUCAAUUGCCUCCCACUGUUUGAAUCUACCUUAUUCUGCAUCAAGAGGCCCUCAGUUAAACUCCCUGGUGUCAAAGGUACAGCAGGUGGAGACAUGGAUGAUAACUUUGUAGUGGUGGUACCCAGUAUCUAGAACAGCUUCCUAAAAGAGGUCAGUACACAUAGUCUCCUCGGUGCCUACUUUUACAUGUGAAUCAAAGACUAUUUUUUUUAUCUCAAUGAGCUUCUUUAGAUCUCUCCAGCUGGUCAGUUUUAAAACCCUAGAGCUAGGCCAAAACAUUCUGCCCUCCAGCUUUCGGACUCCAGCCAAACAUGAAUUUGAAAAUGGCCCAUGACACACUGGAUGCUCUAGACCUGGGAUGGAGAACGUGCAGUUUUCCAGAUGUUGAUGGACUACAACUCCCAUAAUUCCUGACCAUUAGCCAUACUGGCUGGGGCUGUUGGGAGUCCAGCAGGUUCUCCAUCCAUCUAAUAGACAGAUCACCAGUGAGAACCACCUUCAAAGGUCACCCAAGAGACCUAUGCUGAAAUUCCUUCAACCCACUUGAACUUUGGUUCUUUUAAAAUACUCUGUCUUUUUGCCUUUGCUCCCUUUUAUGCUUAGGUCUCCCUCUUACAUUGCGUCACUUCCUCUGCAAAGCUUUGGCUCAACUACAACUUCACAACAGAAACAUAGCCUAAGUCCUAGCCUGUUGGUCACUAUUCAGGAAUGAUGGUUGUUGUAGUAGUCAAGCAACAUCUGAAGGUUAGCUAAGUGGAUACAGCUACGUUUAAUCACUUUCAUUCCUUGUCUGUCUUCUCUGCUCUCUUCCUUUCCCUUCCCGUGACUAAAUUAAGACUCCCAUCUCUCUUGGGGGAAGGGUUGGAUAUGGAUAUGCUUGGAUAUGCUUGGAUAUGGAUAUGCUUGGAUAUGCUUGGAUAUGCUUCUCUGUAAAGUUAGUUCCAUGAUGAUACUAUUUAAAUAUCGUCUGAUGCAUUGAAAAUCAGGAGAAAUUGUCAAUUUGACAAUCAUGGCUUUGGCACACAGGUUUGGUUCUUCGUUGUCCCACCAGCAAAUUCCUGUGCCUGUAAGAUUGAAAUUACCAUUCUUUAAGGGGAGGGGAAAGAAAUCCAAUUAUUAAUGUUUGCUUCAAUGAGAACAUGGUCCAUGCAAAAGUUAAUCAAAUAGCAAUAUUGCUGCUUUGUUUGUUCUUGCAGAAACGAUCGUCUUGCUUUGCUCCUACGGAAGGAGUCUGUGUAGAAAAAUGAAUAGUGCAAUUAAGCUCAGAGGCUGAUCGCAUACAUCAGCUGUGUUGCUAGACCAGCACAGAAUUUGGAAGUCUGCCCUUUAUAUGUUGAUAACCACUUUUAAACAUAUAAACAAGUGAAGUUCAAGGAUAUAAUUGCCGGUGAUUUGUCCAUUGCAACUGUGAUUCCAGGACCUCUGCUUCAAGCAAGGUCUGCAGUUCUGUCACUGUAACUGAUCUGUUUGAACAAAGAAAGGAUUGCCUCUGCAAAUGUACUGUAUCCUCAAUCUUCUCCAUUCCUCCCAAUUUCAAUCUUGAAUGGUUUGCAAACUCCCCACUCACAAUAAACAAAACUGUUUGAGACAACAUCCAGGUAAUUACAAGUGGCUUCAUGAAAAAUGUUUAAGCCUUUGAGUCCCUUCCAACAUUACAAUUCUGUGAUCUAAGCUAGUGGCCAACAAAGCUAGUUGCCAACAAAGGUCCGUAUAGCUAAAGCCAUGGUUUUCCCAGUAGUGAUGCAGGGAAGUGAGAGCUGGACCAUAAAGAAGGCUGAUCACUGAAGAAUUGAUGCUUUUGAAUUCUGGUGCUGGAGGAGACUCUUGAGAGUCCCAUGGACUGCAAGAAGAUCAAAUGUAUCCAUUCUUAAGGAAAUCAACCCUGAAUGCUCACUGGAAGGACAGAUCGUGAAGCUGAGGCUCCAAUACUUUGGCCACCUCAUGAGAAGAGAAGACUCCCUGGAAAAGACCCUGAUGUUGGGAAAGAUGGAGGGCACAAGGAGAAGGGGACGACAGAGGACGAGAUGGUUGGAGAGUGUUCAUGGAGCUACCAACAUGAGUCUGACCAAACUGCGGGAGGCAGUAGAAGACAGGAGUGCCUGGCGUGCUCUGGUCCAUGGGGUCACGAAGAGUUGGACACGACUAAACGACUAAACAACAACAACAACAAGCUAGUGGCUACCAUGUUCCAUGGCAGAUGUCUGUCCCAUCCUGAAUACAGGAGAAGAUAAAGACCCACACUGCAGGUGCCUGGUUGCUUGGUUAACUUUUCCACAAAUGGAAAUUAGACACAGGCGAGAAAUUUUCUGAGUCAUCAACACUCUUUUCUUUCUUCAAGGACCAUGUGGUAGGUAAUUAACUGCUGAAGGAGAACCCAAAUAUAGGAGUGUCUUCCUGAAGUUACUAGCCCAAAUUCUUUCUGGAUUUUACUGGCCAGAAUGGAGAGCAGAUUCAGAAUCAGAAUCAGAUUAAGGACUUCUUCCAAGCACUUUGUUCACACCUAAUGAAGCCAAAAUGGAAAGUGAUCCAAGACCUUUUUGUGCCACACAUUGAAAACUAUUAUGCUACGUCAAAUAGGCAUGGCCCCCCCACCCCAAGAAUCCUAGUAAAUGUAGUUCAUUAAGGGUGCUAGGAGUAUAUUCCUCACAGGGCUGCGGUUCUCAAAGUGGCAGAACAUUCAAUCAAUCCCUCUUCCCAAGGAACUUUGGGAAUUGUAACCAUGACGUGGGAGUUUCAGAUUCUUUGGGGGAAGCCCGAAUGUUUAAAUUGGUAUGAUACUGCUUUAAAUGUACAAUGCAGAUGGGACCCAAGACAAAAAUGACAAGAAGGCACAUGCAACAUCAUGGGCUUAAGACUCAGUUUUGGAUAUGUUUUUGGUUUGUUUUAACGGUUUUGCUGUCCAUAUCAAGCCAUGUUUAUGGACUACAUGCCAAUAAUUCAAUCCUAAAUUUCACAUGUGGGAAACUGUGGCCCACGUGCAGGCUCAUUUAUUGUGGCUCUUGGUGUCUCCUGAAGCUGCCCCAUCAGUCUGAUUUCUUCAUCCUUAUUAAUCAUCUCCUUACAGUUCCUGGUUUUUCAAAACUGGUUCUACCCCUCUCUAUUUUCUGAAUAAUUAGAAGGCACAAUAUUUUAUUUGAUAAACGUAAGUGGGUGGUUUUCUUUCUUUUUCUGCAGGUUGUAUGGCCUUCCCACCCCCACCCCCCUGCCGUCUGAAGACAAAAUAGUAGGCUUCCGCUCUGUAUAUGUGUGGCAAGAUAACAUCAUAAAGGGAUGCCUUUAUUUGCUUCCCAGAACAGUGGCUGUGUUGGGUCUGCCAUACUAGGAAUGAAUCCCCUCUAUUGGGUUAUUUGAGUGUAAUCCCAUCAGAACCAGCUGGGGUUUCUUCUUGGAAUUCUAAUCAGAGGUAACAUGAAGGAAAUACUUCUGCUAAUCUGUUAAUCCAGAAUGCAAUAUGCUCAGUCUAGCAGUGUAGACCCCAGCACCUUACCUGGGAGUAAGCCCCCAUUGAACUCAAUUGGACUUACUUUUAAGUAGACACCCAGGGCAUUGUGCUCCUGAGUAUAGCAGUGGGAUUCAAUAGUGCGACUUCCAAGGAGAACAGCGAAGGAACUUUUCACCAGCCAGAAUAAGCACCAUGGCAUUCUAUAGCUUCAAGAAGUAAUGGAAGGAAACCUCUUUAGCUACAACUAAAGAAGCCUUCAAUUGGGCUCUGCCCGGUGAUGGAUGUUGCUUAUUUGUUCAGGAGCCAGACAUCCUUUUUCUAAAGCAGAAAUCUUCCGGAUGGAGAGCAUGAUUUCCCGGCACUCUUGAAACUGUUAAGACAUUGUGUUUUUUGGGAAACGGCAGCUCUUUCUCGGAGCCCUUGUUGCUGUUGUGCUGCUGCAAGACCUCUUAUGGACAGUCCCUGCAAUGUUCCUCACAUCAUUCAACAAGUUUCUCUGCUGCCUAUGUGACAGCCUGUGAUGAUUUAAUCUAAUUGUUUUAAUACCUCGCAGAUUCUGCUCUCCCUUAACAAGGAUAGUUCCAGCAGCAAAUGUUCCUUUAGAUUUUAUUUUUUAAAGCAAGGCUACCUGCCCCCAACAUAAAGAGUAUUUUUAUCUGGAUUUUGGAGGAUGUUGUUUUGAGAGUGUAACCCAGCUGCCUCUUUGAAUGCUUUCGAGCAUCCUUGCAAAGGCUUUGUAUGAACGAAGGCUUCUUUCACCAGAACUUGGCCAAGCCACAUGAAUGGGAAUGUGGUAAUUUCUCAGUGUCUUUUUCAAACUUAAAAGCAGCAAUUUGGGGGGGGGGGGCAAUUUCUACUUAGUUCAAUGUCUUUUGGGGAGAGGGUGCUUUCCUCCUUUACCGCUAUGCCAUUUUAUUAGGCAACUCCCUUCCUUAGCAAGAUCAUAGUGGGGUCUUUGGAGCUUUUGGUCCUCCUUCUCUUUAGUAAAGGUAAAGGUACCCCUGACCAUUAGGUCCAGUCACGGACAACUCUGGGGUUGCUGUGCUCAUCUCACUCUAUAGGCCGAGGGAGCCAGCAUUUGUCCGCAGACAGCUUCCGGGUCAUGUGGCCAGCAUGACUACAGUAAGCCACUUCUGGCAAACCACAGCAGCGCACGGAAAUGCCGUUUACCUUCCCGCCAGAGAGGUACCUAUUUAUCGACUUGCACUUUGACGGGCUUUCGAACUGCUAGGUGGGCAGGAGCAGGGACCGAGCAACGGGAGCUCACCGCGUUGUGGGGAUUUGAACCACCAACCUUCUGAUCGGCAAGCCCUAGGCUCUGUGGUUUAAACCACAGCGCCACCCGCGUCUCUUCUAUUUAGUAAGAAAGGUGCUAAUAAUGGAUUAACCCCUUUGCUGGCCACUUUUUUUUCUAAUUCAGAAGCCCUUGGUGACACUGUUGUCUAACUUGGUGGGGAGCAGUACCAGCGAAGGUGCAUAAGUCACAGCAAGAAUGUAUUUUUUGGAAAAUUCAGUUGCGCAGCCAUGAUAAUGCCACCGCUCUCUUCCCAGUUGAAGGAGAGGGGCUCCCUUCUCAGAUGCUUAAUAAUUAACAGAUAUUGCUUGAUCUCAGCCGAUGCCCUUCACACAGAGUUGGUGGGUUGCUGUGGCAGAAGCGCUGCAUCGCAAAAGUAUCAGCAGCGUUGCUUUGAAGCCACUGAGCUGAGCAAUAUUAAACUGGAUGUCUGAAGGAAUUUUUGAGCAGAGAGAGUCUUCCCAUACUAAACAAACUCGUGGAUCUCCUCAUAGGAAAUCGCCUUUGUCAGACAUCUGAUCCAUCUAGCUCAGGAUAAUCCAGGGUUUCAGACCUAGUGAAAACUAGAUGCUCUCUACCACUGAACUUUGACCCUUCCUAGGCUCCUACCACUGCUGCAUUUUUUUAAAAGGGUACCAUUGGUUUUUGAGGAAAUCAACAGUGGAAACCUCCCGUUUUUGGCCACACAAGAAGACAUUUGUUAGGAAGAAGGAAGAUUUCCUUGUGUAUACACACACUUAAUGAUCUAAACUGGGCUUCAGUCCUGUGGAUGCUUUCUUGGGAGUAAGGCCCAUUGAAUAAAGAGUAAAACAAAUGCAGGUGCUUUGGCUGUGGGUGCUUGCAAAAAUGAGCACAUACCGGAGCAGCCUUGGAAAUAUAUAUAUAUAUAUAUAUAUAUAUAUAUAUAUAUAUAUAUAUUUGGAGGUGAGCCCCCUUGCUCCCCUACUGCAAUGACAGUAUUCCUUUAUUUUUUUAACCCGUUUGCACUGGAAUGGAGUACGACAAGGCUGUAUAUUGUCUCCCUGCUUAUUUAACUUAUAUGCAGAAUACAUCAUGCGAAAAGCUGGACUGGAUGAAUCCCAAGCCAGAAUUAAGAUUGCUGGAAGAAAUAUCAACCAUCUCAGAUAUGCAGAUGACAGAACUUUGACAGCAGAAAGUGAGGAGGAAUUAAAGAAUCUUUUACUGAGGGUGAAAGAGGAGAGCGCAAAAUAUGGUCUGAAGCUCAACAUCAAAAAAACUAAGAUCAUGGCCACUGGUCCCAUCACCUCCUGGCAAAUAGGCAGGGAAGAAAUGGAGGCAGUGAGAAAUUUUACCUUCUUGGGCUUCAUAAUCACUGCAGAUGGUGACAGCAGCCAUGAAAUUAAAAGACGCCUGCUUCUUGGGAGAAAAGCAAUUAGAAACCUAGACAGCAUCUUAAAAAGCAGAGACAUCACCUUGCCGACAAAAAUCCGUAUAGUUAGAGUUAUGGUUUUCCCAGUAGUGAUGUAUGGAAGUGAGAGCUGGACCAUAAAGAAGGCUGAUCGCCGAAGAAUUGAUGCUUUUGAAUUAUGGGGCCGGAGGAGACUCUUGAGAGUCCCAUGGACUGCAAGAAGAUCAAACCUCUCCAUUCUGAAGGAAAUCAGCCUAGAGUGCUCACUGGAAGGACAGAUCGUGAAGCUGAGGCUCCAAUACUUUGGCCACCUCAUGAGAAGAGAAGACUCCCUGGAAAAGACCCUGAUGUUGGGAAAGAUGGAGGGCACAAGGAGAAGGGGAUGACAGAGGAUGAGAUGGUUGGACAGUGUUCUCGAAGCUACCAACAUGAGUUUGACCAAACUGCGGGAGGCAAUGGAGGGCAGGAGUGCCUGGCGUGCUCUGGUCCACGGGGUCACGAAGAGUCGGACACGACUAAAUGACUAAACAACAAAAUCUUCAUUAGUGUACUCUCACCAGGAGCCACAGCCAGGGCCAGUUCUCUACCCAAUGUGUGUUACUAACGGGUGUUCAGAUACCAGUUUGCCACAGAUUUGUUACAUUUUUAGUGGCACAAACAAAAAUCAAUCCCUGUAAUAGGGAGUGCAGGUGCUGAGUGUCGACAGAGAUAGGAUCAAAAUAGACCCUCUGUGAGGUGAGGGGGUGGAAUUGGCAUGCUUGGAGUGCAAUCUUAAAGAACAGAAAGCAAGUCUAAUGCAGUAAAAAAACACCAACCCCCCAACUCCCCCCCCAAAAAACACAGCCCAAUGAGAACUGAGCAUGCUUAGUUAAUUGGGGCAAAUUGAAAAAAACAAAAAACAAAAAAUGGGAAGGAGGCAGACAGGAGCUGCUUGAGCUCAUUUCAGCUUGCAUCCGUAGCUGGCUGUUGCUCUGGACAGACCUUUUAAGGGUUAGGAUGCACUGCGACUUUUUAUUGCAGGUUGCAUGUGAGAGUGAAUGAGAGAUCAGACAGAUUCUUGGCCCAGAAUAGUGUUGCAGCGUUGUCCCAGCUAGAUUUCUUAGCCCAUCCUUGAAGUGAGCCUGCAGUGCAUUAUCCUGCCUAGGGAACAAUCAGUGCCUUUCACCAGACUAGAAAGGUAAAGGUAAAGGAUUCCUGGACGGUUAAGUCCAGUUAAAAGCGACUAUGGGGUUGUGGUGCUCAUCUCACUUUUCAGGCUGAGGGAACAGGCGUUUGUCCGCAGACAGCUUUCCAGGUCAUGUGGCCAGCAUGACUAAGCCGCUUCUGGCACAACGGAACACCGUGACGGAAACCAGAGCGCACAGAAACGCCGUUUACCUUCCUGCCACAGUGGUACCUAUUUAUCUACUUGCACUGGUGUGCUUUUGAACUGCUAGGUUGGCAGGAGCUGGGACAGAGCAACGGGAGCUCACUCCGUCGUGGGGAUUCAAACCGCCAACCUUCCAAUCAGCAAGCCCAAGAGGCUUGGUUAUUUUGACCUCAGUGCCAACCAUGUCCAGACUAGAAGGACUGUGGAGUUAUCCUAGCUGCCUUUCCCUACUUAAAUCGCUGUGGUUGGAAUCUUUUCUUUUUCUUUUUUCUUUUUGGUCACAUGCAAACAGCUUCUCUGAGAUAACAGCAACACAACUGAAGAAACGACCUUACACCAACUCAAGACUUUCUCUUCAUCUAGUUCAGUGCAGUUUACUCUCAGUGACACUGUCUCUCCUUAGAUGAAGGGCUGUAGCUCAGUGGAAGAUAAUUUGCUUGGCAUGUAGAGAGUCUCAGGUUCAAUCUUCAGCAUCUCCAGUUAGGGCUGGAAGCGUGCUGUGCCUGAAACCUUGGGGAGCUGCUGCCAGUCCGUGUAGACAGUACUGAGCUAGAUGAACCAGUGAUCUGACUGUGUAUAAUGUAGUUUCCUACACUGGGUCUCAGGCCAAUGUCUUUCUCGUUACCUUCUCCCUUCUCCUUUUAGCUGGAAGUUCCCGGGGUUGCUCCAGGAACCUUCUCUAUGGAAAGUACGUAUUCUGCUACUGAACUAUGACCCCUUUCCAACAACAUAACAGUUGUUGAAAAGGCAGCAUUUUCAUGAGUUUGGGCAGGUCUGCUGUAGGAGUUGGAACUUCCAUCCUCUGAGCUUAAUCUUGAAGCAAGCAGAGAAACCUGGAAGAAGCAGAGGGUUGUGGGUUUUUUGUAGAACUGGGAACAACCCCAACAAAUCUAGUGCAAGUUCUUUUCUGUAAUGAAUUCAGGACAUUAACAGUAGAUACUGGUUUUCUCUGUUGUAUUUUGGUUUUUACCUUUAGUUCUUUCAGGGGUACUCUUCUUUCCAAGGAGUUGAAAGAAGAGUUUGGAACAGCUUCUAAUACAGUAACUUUAUUGCAGGUGACAGCCCAGAAUUUAAGAAUAUUUGAAAGACCACUUUCUUCCCAGAAACCCUCUUGGGUCUUUAACAGAGGCUCUCUAGGUAAUUCUACCACCCUUGGAAGUUUGGGGAGGCAGAAAAGCCUAUGGAAUUCCGUCUCCACAGAAGUGUAUCUGACACCCUAAUUGUGUAGCCUUUGUUGUAUGCCAAAAUUGCACCUCUUUACAAUAGCCUUUUCACAUAUCUCAUAUAUGUAUGUAUGGGUAUUUGUAUAAGUGUGUACAGUAUAUACGUAUCCUGCCCUGUGCUUCUGAUUGUGAACUGGUUUAACUGAUUUUGAUAUUGAAUUUUGAUAUUGUUGUGAUCUGCGCUAGUAACUUAGACUUUGCCUGCUCAAUCUAUUUCUGUACUGGCUGCAGGGAAAGUUUGCGUGUUUGUGUUUGAAUGGGUUUUGUGCAUGGAUGGAAUUGAACGGGAUAUGUGUACAUUUACUUUGACUCUGCUCACCACUGUUGUUGUUGUUGUUGUUGUUGCUGCUGUUAUUUCUAAUUUAUUACCUGCUUUUUGCCCUAGGGUCCCAAGGCAGGCUAUCACAUUAAAACACAGUAUUAAAAACAGUUUAAAACAACUUACAGACCAUUCUGCCCUGCAGCUGUCACAAUGUUGUUACUUGCUAAUGCUAUGUGCUUUGAGAAUUCUACAUGCUGUGAGAAGCAAGCUAGAAUGUGCAUGUUGUGGAAUUUGGGGGACCAGGUUUCCUUGCAUUGUCUGGUCUCUGGAUGAGUCAGGUUGUCAUUAGGAUGAAGGUGAGCAAUGGUGUAAAUGAUUCUCCUUCUUGCUAUGUAGGCAGACGCCUGUUUUCUUCACAUAAAAGCUGAGUAACUGGUGGUGGAGAGGGGGGAAAAUGGCUGUCCCAGUCAACGCUCAUCUUGUGCUGAGCCUGUUUGAUUCCAUAGAUGUUCUCCAAAAGAUGGGUGGCAUCACAGAAGGAAUGUUUUCUUCUCUGCUCCCCUUGACUGUGCAAAAUACCAUCUGGAGGGGUGGCUCAGCGCAGCUUACGGUGAGGUGAUUCUGGGUUGCCGCUUACUUUGCGGGUGAGUCAUCCUUUGCCUGCUGCGUCGAGUUUUGCCACCUCCUUUACAGACAAAAUUGCUUGUACUUUGCUCAGUUUAGGAGCUGCUAUUUUGAAUACGGAGCUGGAGUUUGAUGGAUGAGAAGGCUCAGUUUUGACUUGCUUAUCGGAACCUGUUUGAGUUAGUGCUGCCUGAUGACAAAGACAAUGUGUUGGAUGAUGUGAGCUACAGACUGUUUCCAUCCACGAGAAAUUCAGUGCAUGUUCAAAGCUAUAGUUGUUGGCACGUUACACAGCCUCCCCUCUCUUGGGCGAGGUCAUCUGGUUUGGGCAUACAGAUGAAUGGCGCAUGUACCAUAGAAACGGAUUAUUCAUCUUGGUUUGAAUAGUUGAGAUGCUUCCAGACUGUCACACUUUUGCACAUUUCUCUCAUUGGUCUUAGUGCAACAAGAGGGCAUCUUAGAACUUAUCAUAGUGCAUGAGGGUGCAUCGCAAUAAAUAAGGUAAAGGUAAAGGGACCCCUGAGCAUUAGGUCCAGUCGUGACCGACUCUGGGGUUGCACGCUCAUCUUGCUCUAUAGACCGAGGGAGCCGGCGUUUGUCCACAGACAGCUUCUGGGUCAUGUGGCCAGCAUGACUAAGCUGCUUCUGGUGAACCAGAGCAGCACACGGAAACGCCGUUUACCUUCCUGCCGGAGCGGUCCCUAUUUAUCUACUUGCACUUUGACGUGCUUUCGAACUGCUAGGUUGGCAGGAGCAGGGACCGAGCAACGGGAGCCCACCCCGUCACGGGGAUUCGAACUGCCGACCUUCUGAUCGGCAAGUCCUAGGUUCUGUGGUUUAACCCACAGUGCCAUCCGCGUCCCACAUCGCAAUAAAUAGCAAUGACUAAAUAGCACUCUGGGGCCAGAAGUCUGCUCUCCCCAACAACAACAACCCCGACUUUUCACAGUAAGAAGAGUGACAUGGGAGGGAGCUGUCAGACCAUUGGUCCAUCUUGGUUUGCAGUAUCUACACUGAUUGGAAGAGGCUCUCCAGAAUUUCAGAUGGGGCAUUCCCAGAGAUACCAGAGACUGAUCCUGGGACCUUCUCCAUGAAAAGUAGAUGCUCUACCACUGACCUGCAGCCCUUUCCCCUGGUGAACAGAAAACCACAGUGGAAAAUGCAGGAUAACAACCACUUGACCGUGUCAUUUUGUUAUCUCAAUGCAGUUUGUUAAAAACGGUAUGCACUGAGUGAAUUAGUUUCCCUUAGACCUAUAUUGAAAUGGAUCCCAGUUGCAGGAAUGUACUGAUUUUUAGAAGAGGGAAAAACGCCAUCAGAUUGAAAAUGCAACACACAUUCUGUCAAAGAUUUAUAAAAUCAUCUUAGGUGUUUUUGUGUGUGUGAGGAAGAACAAGUUAAGCAAUAGAUGAUGGAAUGGGAACAUGACGUAGGCAUUUCCUUACUGUUCGAUACCUGCUGUGAGUACCUGGUGCCUGAGAGCAAUUUAUUUCUCUCCGUAAAGGAAUUAGCAAGAGAAUGGUAUUGAAAUGAUGACACGUUGCCAAAUAAUGCGGUACAUUUACCAAGGUAUGCUGGAAAUAUCGAAAGGAUGGCAGAAACUAUAUCUGUGUGUGGAUAAAUUGUCCAAAGCAAGAGACUAUUGGUUAAAGAUAAGGGGUAAGAUAAAGCAAAUAGGACACAAUAAGCUGGAGUUGGACGUGAUACUCUUCUUAUGGUUUGCAAGGUGUCUGCCAAUGAAUUGGCAAGACAUUAUUUAUAUGUUUGUAAUAGCUAGACUAUUGUCUUAUUCAUGCAAUCAGAAGAAUGUAUGUGGACCUAAAGCUCUGUCAAUGGAAGCCCUGCUCAAGAACUUCUGGUUGCACAACAGGGCUCCCUCUCCUCUCUUCUCUCCUCUCCUUUCCUCCCACUGCCCCCCCUCAAGAUUGGUUUGGGGAAGUCAGGAGAACUCACAGAACAGUGUGCAGGGGAUGUGGGUGGGAUCGUUCCGUCUGGCAAGCUGCAAGGCAUGGGCAGAUGGAAUAAUUGGAAGAGUGGACCAUUGACUUCCACCCAAGGUGUUUAAGGUGAGGAGACCCUGCUGUCAACUUUCCUGUCUCUGUCCGCUGCACCCUCAACCUUCUUGCAUUGGCCAGGAAGGUGUGAAGGAGGCUUCUAAGCACAUCUAGUUCGAUAUGGAAAGAUAGGGGUGGAGUGGGUGCCUAGCAUGCAUGACCACUCUGGGGGCAGGGACAGUGGGCAUGUGCCAGCACCCCCAAUACGCACUGCAUAUCCAUGAAGACAUUGAGAGGGCUCAUGUUUUAUGUGAACAAAGUGGAGAACAUCAAUCAUUCCUAUCCCCAAGAAAUGGGACAGUAAAGUCUGAAGUUAUGUUUAAGCUAACUAAUAAGAAUGAGAAUCAAGGAGGGAAGACAAAGGCGAAACAGGUUUUUAAUGAAUUUCACAAACUGACUUGCCUAAAGUCAGUGGCUGUCAGAGUGCAACAGGUUCUCCUCCCUUGACCUAGGGCAAAUUGCUAAAACAAACAAGGCAUGGGGUAUUCUAACUCACUACAAAAUAUGCUUUAGAUUGCUGCUGUACUCGAGCAGAAACUCAGUGUCUUAUAUAAAAUCAAUCUCUCUCUCUGACUGUCUUGUAUAUAGGCCAAAUUAGCCCCAGCUCUGCUGAUCAUGGUCAACAAGACCUUAAACUAUUGGGAUCCCAAUUUUGAGGAUGAGGUCAUCAACAUCAAUGUUGGGGGCCUGAGAAGAAGGCUGAGCUCGAGCGCCCUCUCCAAGUUCCCCGACACUCGCCUUGGGCGCUUGCUCUCCUGCGACUCGGAAGAGUCCAUCUUGCAGCUGUGUGACGACUAUGACGUGAGUGCCCGGGAAUUCUACUUUGACCGCAACCCUGGCUUCUUCCUUUAUGUGCUCCACUUCUACCAGACGGGCAAGCUGCAUGUGAUGGACGAGCUGUGCGUCUUCUCCUUUUGCCAAGAGAUUGAGUACUGGGGCAUCAACGAGUUCUUCCUGGACUCCUGCUGCAGCUACCGCUACCAUGAGCGGAAGCUGGAGAGCCGCCACCACAACUGGGAUGAAGAAAGCGAGGUCAGCAGUGUGGACAUGUCUCCAGACGAGAUCUCAGAUUUCAACCACGACCUGCUUCGCUACAGCACCCUGCGCUGUGGUAAUGUGCGCAAGCGCCUCUGGCUCACCAUGGAGAACCCGGGCUACUCCAUCCCAAGCAAGCUCUUCAGCUUUGUGUCCAUCAGCGUUGUGUUGGCCUCCAUCGCGAGCAUGUGCAUCCACAGCAUGCCGGAGUACCAGGAGCCCGACGAGGAAGGCAUCCUGAAGGACGACACAGUGCUGGAGAACCUGGAGUACUUUUGCAUCUCCUGGUUCACCUUUGAAGUGACGGCCCGUUUGCUGCUGGCGCCAAACUUGAGGAAGUUCUUCAAGCACCCCUUGAACCUGAUUGACAUAGUCUCAGUGCUGCCUUUCUACUUCAGCCUUCUGGUGGAAGUGACCGCAGGGAGCGACUCGGAGCUGGGCAACGUGAGCAAGGUGGUGCAGGUGUUUCGCCUCAUGAGGAUAUUCCGGGUGCUGAAGCUGGCGAGGCAUUCGACGGGCCUGAGGUCCUUAGGAGCCACCUUGAAGGUAAGCCUGUCAUGGGGGUGGCUUUGGCUUCCUGGGAUGUUGAAGGUUCUCAGGGCCCAAACUGGACAUUGGUUUCAGUUCAUAGUAUGCAGAUGCAUAUCUUGUUCUAUGUUUUCCUUGAAGAAUUAAUUGGCACAAUGAGAUUCUUACUGGGAAAGUGGUGUGGGGCGGAGGGUUAUCUUUCUCUCCAUGGUCAUAAUGGAUAAACCGCUCCUUUCUCUGCCCAUGCGCUGUUCUGAAAUUCUUCGGACCCCACCCCUAGCACGGCACAUGGAGAAGGAGUGAGGGGAAAGGUGCAAUGAACAGGAGGAAGUCCUUUUUCAGGGCUUCUGUUGGCGGGCCUGGUUAGUCAAAUCCCAUCCCAAGUGUUGGUCCUGACCUUUAAAACUCUAAACAGGUAAAAAGUAAAGAUAAGGUAAAGGACCCCUGGAUGGUUAAGUCCAGUCAAAGCCAGCUAUGGGGUGCAGCACUCAUCUCGCUUCAGGCUGAGGGUGCUGCCGUUUGUCUACAGACAGCUUUCCGGGUCAAGUGGCGAGCAUGACUAAGCCGUUUCUGGUGCAACGGAACACCGUGAUGGAAGCCAGAGCGCACGGAAACACCAUUUACCUUCCUGUUACAGUGGUACCUAUUUAUCUACUUGCACUGGUAUGUUUUAAAACUGCUAGGUUGGCAGGAGCUGGGACAGAGAAACGGGAGCUCACCCUGUUGCGUGGAUUCGAACCGCUGACCUUCUGAUUGGCAAGCCCAAGAGGCUCAGUGGUUUAGACCCAUGUCCCACUUUGAACAAUUGGAGGCCCAGUUGCUUAAAAGGCUUCCAGUACCCAUAUGAACCUGCCAGAGCACUAAAAGCAGCUGGUAAGACCUUGCUUGUAUGUCAGCCAGGAAGGAAGGCUAGGCUAGGAGUCAGGAACUUUUUGGUGGCAGCCCCACAUUUAUGGAACUCCACCCCAUAAGAAAUCCCCACAUCUUUCAAUUGGGAACAGAUUGUGUGCUUCCUGUGUGCUGCUGAUCUGUCGCUUUUACUGUUUUAAUGCUCUACAUGUGUUUUAUAACUCUUUUUAUCAGAUACCAUAUGCUGCCUUAGCAAAAUACUGCAUUUCAAAAUGUGGCUAGUAAGUCUGUUAGAUAAAUAAGUGUAAAUAGACAAGGUUGGGCUUCUGUGUUCUGCAAAGCCUCCUGAUGUUUCACAGAGGUGGUUUCAAAGCCUUUGAACUAAGUAACACAUAUCCAAGUAUUAUUAUUUUUUCUUGUUCCUGUUCCUUACAUUCAGACAUUUAUUUCUCUGGUGCAAAAUUUGGAUUUUGGAAAGGAAGAAUAAUACCAUGUUUGCUGUCCUAAACCAUCUGGCCUAAUUGCGAACCCCUUGAAAUUUCCAGGCGAUACCCUAGGAUGUUUUCUUUGCUCAGUGGAGCAUAGCUCUUUAUAAUUUGUGAUCCUCCUGCCAGCCAGCCUUAGGCUGACCUGCAAGAGCUGGCAUUUGUCUGACACCAGAAGGAGUUUUCAGGCUGGCUGGUUGCAUCUGCAUGAUGGGAUCUCCUGUAGUGUAGCGGGUGUUUAUCUGUGGUUUCUGCUGGGGUUUUCUACUCUGGUUCUCAAAGGGCCUCUCAUAUUAUAAUGAGAACAGGCAAGACUCUCCUUCUGCAAGAAAAUGAAUCGUUCAGUUUCAGCCUUGCAGGGAGCGGCCCAAAAGUGACCUGGCCAAGCAUAGGACCAAGGGAUAUGUAUGUAUUUAUUCAUCAGGCUUUAUCUAUACCACUUAAUCAUCGAAACCUCUAAACUGUUUGCAUAAAAUAUCCAUUAAAAUGACCAAUACAAUCAUGCUAAAAACAAGUUUACUUAUUCCUCCCCCACAAAAUGUAUGAAGUCAGCUGUUUUAGAAACAUGCAUCGUAAAAUAGGAUUACAUAUAAAAAUAUAUGUCAAAUGGGUAUCUGGGUGUGCUUGCUUACACCAAAAAGUUUUUAGCAGGUGCUGAAAGCAGUACAGUGAAGGUGCCCGGUUAAUAUAAAUGGGCAGCGAGUUCCAAAGCUUAGGUGCUGCCACACUGAAGGAUCAGGAAGGAACAUUAUGUGGCACUUGUUAAAGUGCCAUUUCGCAGACUGAAGUGGUUGAGUGGGCCAAUAUAUAUGGGAUAAGGCAACCCUCCUCCUAAGAUAUUAUGUAGUGAAGAGCAUGCUUUUAUGUCGUGAAUUUGCUGCAGAAAUUUACACAGCUGAAGGGUCCUGAUGGGUUUGCCAGGAUCCAGACCUUUGAUCAUCUUGGUUGCCCUCCUCUGCACACAUUCCAGCUUGUCAACAUCCUUCUUAAAAAUUGUGGUCUCUCCCCAGAACUGGACAAAGUAUUCCAGGUGUGGUCUGACCAAGGCAGAAUAGAGUGGUACUGUUACUUCCUUUGAUCCAGACACUCUAUUUCUGUUGAUGCAGCGUAGAAUAGCAUUAGCAGCUAAGGUCAUUUCGAAUCCUGAUUCUGUCUUCUGCAGCAUUAGCUAACUCUCCCAGUUUGGUGUCAUCUGCAGAUUUGAUGAGCACCCCUUCAAUUCCUUCAUCCAAGUUGUUUAUAAAGACGUUGAACAACAAUGGGCCCAGGACAGAACCCUGUGGCCACCUUGCUUGUCAUUUUUUUCCAGGGUGACGAGGAACUGUUAAUGAGUACUCAUUGGGUUCAGUCAGUCAACCAGCUACAAAUGUACCUAACGGUUACUUCGUUCAACCAGCUUCCUUGCAAGAAUAUCAUGGGGGACCUUUGCCAAAAGCCUUCCUGAAAUCAAGAGACACUAUGUUCACAGAGUUCCCCCGAUCCACCAAACUUAUAACACUGUUAAAAAAAGAAAUGAGAUUUGUCUGGCAUAACUUGUUUUUGAGAAACCCAGCUGGGUCUUAGUAAUCACAACAUUUUUUUAAUAAUAAUAAUAAUAAUUUAUUAUUUAUACCCCGCCCAUCUGGCUGGGUUUCCCCAGCCACUCUGGGCGGUUUCCAAAAGAAUAUUAAAAUACUGUGAUACAUAAAAUACUGUGAUACAAGUGCUUGCAGACCUGACGUUUGAAUUAUCUGUUCCAGGACCUUUCCUGGUAUUGAUGUCAAACUUAUCUAGUCUGACCCUGUGCAAUGCAGGACUCUCAGCUAAAGCAUCCAUGACAGAUAGCCAUCCAACCUCUGCUUAAAAACCUCCAGGGAAGGAGAGUCCACAACCUCCCAAGGGAGCCUGUUCCACUGCCGAAUAGCUGUUACUGUCAGAAAGUUCUUCUUGAUGUUUAGUCGGAAUCUCCUUUCUUGUAACUUGAAUCCAUUGGUUUGGGACCUACUUCGCAGAGCAGGAGAAAACAAGCUUGCUCCAUCUUCCAUGUGAUGCCCUUGAGAUAUUUGAAGAUGGCUAUCAAAUCUCCUCUCAGUCUCCUCUAAACCAGGCUUUUUUUAAAAAAAUCAUUUUUAUUGGUUUUACAAAUACAAAGUACAAAUAAACACAAAUUAGUAAAAACAUAUCUGUAUAGAGAGAUUCUCCAAAACGCAAGACUUCCCCCCAUUCCCUCCAUGGGGUGUCAUUUUAAGGAUCUGCAACUGCAUAUUCAUGCGUACAGUGGUACCUCGGGUUAAGUACUUAAUUCGUUCCGGAGGUCCGUUCUUAACCUGAAACUGUUCUUAACCUGAAGCACCACUUUAGCUAAUGGGGCCUCCAGCUGCCACUGUGCCGCCGGAGCACGAUUUCUGUUCUCAUCCUGAAGCAAAGAUCUUAACCUGAAGCACUAUUUCUGAGUUAGUGGAGUCUGUAACCUGAAGCGUAUGUAACCUGAAGCGUAUUUAACCCGAGGUACCACUGUUCUCCAAUUUUUAUAUCAAACCAUAUUGUCCAUAGUAUUUUUUUUACCACAAGUGAGUCAAAAUCCUGCUCUUGUUUCCAUCUGCUUACAGUGGUCUCCUAAGUAACUUAUAAAUUUCCCCAUUCUUUUAUAAAGUUUUUAUCCUCUUGGUUUCUGCAUUUUCCAGUCAGCUUUGCCAUCUCAGCAUAGUCCAUCAGCUUGGUUUUCCAUUCUUCUCUGGUAGGGACCUCUAAUUCAGGCUCAACAUACCCAUCUCCCUCAAUCGUUUCUCAUAAGGCUUGGUUUCCAGACCCUUGAUCAUCCCUUCUUGGUUGCAGAAACCUGGUUAUGAAGUUUUCUCCCCAAGGAGGAGGAUGCUUAUAUUGCUGUCAUUUAGGCAUGAAAUGAACAUUGCUGUUUCUGAAAGGUUUACCUGCUUCCAGUUUUAUUCAGUGUUUUACCUUGAAGUUUACUUCAUUGUUGUAUAUCCGGGUCAUCCACCCUGGGGGUGUUUUAUAUUUAGUGGUCAAAUGUAACAUACCUGACCAAGUUGGACCCUAGUUCUUAAAGAAGCCUUGAUGCAAAUCAAGCAUGAGCGCUGGAAGCAGGAAACAGCCUAUUUUGGGACAUUGGGACCAAGGGACAGGAAGGUAGUGAUGGUGCAACAAGGAGGAGACACAGCGUAAGUGAAGCUCCUGUUUGGAAGUAUAUUUCUCAUCACUGCUUUGUGCUGUAAGCGUAGUUUGUUUUAUUGCUUCUCCCUGCUCACGCAGCCAGCAAAGCGAGAGGACAGAAGUAAAAGUAAUGGCUGCUAUAAGAAGAUGAAAAUGUGUUAUUGAUCCAGAAACCUGGGACCCAUUAUCUCCAAGUGUAAAUUUCACCCAGAUAUCUUUGUCUAGUUUUUCCUUUUUAUGAGCUACCACCUUCCUUGCUGGUAGGAUGAAGUUCUUAUUCCCUAACUUAGUUUUCUCCCCAAGCAUUUUCACGCUCUCUGCUUCCCCACUCCUUCACACACUCAUUCACACAGCAUCUUUGGUUACUCCACAUUUCUGGCUGGGUUGCACUUGGAUCAGCUGCCCCUCUCUCUCUCUCUCUCUCUCUCUCUCUCUCUCUCUCUCUCUCUCUCUCUCUCUCUAUUUUGACAGUUUCAUUUUGAGCCUGACUGUCACUAUGCUGUUGUCCCAGCCUGUCUGUCAAUUGUGUCCCUGCUAUAAAUAACCAGCUCUGACAGAUCUUGUUCUGCUCGUGUCAUGUGACUCUGGGUUAGUCCUCCUCGCUGCAUCUUCUGCUUGGCGAUGGCAAGAGGGACUUCCAUUCCCCCACCUGACACGCCUGAGCGAAAAACACGCGUCCCUGACGUUGACGGAUGGACUCGUCAUCUUUUGACAGCGACACAUGGGUCAUUCAGUGUAAGCAGCAGUUCCAGCUGUAGUCAGCCGGUCGGUUGUGAUCCUUCCCUGUGCCGUAGAGCAAAUACUGAGCAGCACAAUCCAUUUCUUCGGCUCCAUUUUGAAGACAUAAGAGGGGUGUGCUAGAGGAGAAUUGCCAACAUAUAAAGUCUGAUGCAAAGGCCUUUGACAAGUGGAUUUGAGUUCUCAAAGAUCCUGCCUGAGAAUUGAGAGGGGAGGACUCUUGCCCUUCACAAAAGAUGCCCACAGGAAACAUUUUAAGGCUGCCCACCCUAUGGCCACCCUUCAACCUUGACCACAUUUGUACCAUAUUUUUAAAGCACUAUGAUGCCACUUUAAACAGUCAUGGCUCUCCCUAAAUAAUUCUGGGAGCUGUAGUUUAAGGGAGCUGCGUUUUUCCCCAGCCCCCCAAGCUGAUGGGGGGGGGGAGAGCAGGGGGGAAGCCCUGCUAUGCUAGAGGGAGCCUUUGUGUUCGCUUCCACCAGUGAAACUGCUUAGUUGAAUGAGCAGCCCCCCCCCCGUCCAUCCCUGAACAUCUUUUGCUAUCCAAGAAGGUAGGUUUGCUAGCUGACAAGGCUUCAGUCAUGCCUAUAAUCAUGUCUCUAAAAAGGAGAACUUCAUCUGAUACAUUUCUGCAAGUUAAAGACUGUUGACAUUGGUGUUUUAUUAUUAUUAGGUGGGAUCAAUCAGAUACAUCCUGGCAGCACAAUGAUUUACACUUGCACAAUGGAGCUUCCAUGCCCUCUUCAAGUUUGCCAAACCAAUUGUGGUGGGAGGAGUGGGGUAAUUUCUGUUGCGCAAGUGUCAAUCCUUGCACUGUUAGGAUUCAUUAGCUGGAUAUAAUUAUUAUUUAUUAAUUCAUGUACCGCUUAAUUGCCAAGGUGGCUUCUAAGCAGUUUACAAGUAUAAAAAACCCAUUAUAAAAAUAUUAACACACAUAAUUGAAAGGUGUGUGUGUGUGUGUGUGUGUGUGAGAGAGAGAGAGAGAGAGAGAGAGAGAGAGAGAGAGAGAGAGAAGUAUGGCAGUCCCAGCUUGACUCAGAAACUGGAAAUGCUCCAUUUUGACCCCUUCUCUGAGAUUUGGCACUGGAUAUUGCCCCUCUCUGUUAUGCCAACAUAGUCAUCCACUAGGAUUGCCAAAACCAAUUUGGAAAAAGGAGGAGCUUUGGUAAAAUGCAGCUUCUACUGUCACAAGCCUUUCAGCAACUGGGGAUUUAUUAUUAUUAUUAUUAUUUGCCCAUCUACCCUUCUGUAAAAUUGCAUAGACCCAAUCCUGCUUGACACCCCUCUCACCAGCAACCUCCUUGAUCUUCCCUGUGGCUGAGUUGGCACCACAAUCAGACAUGUCUUCUGGCAUCGCGUGAGCCUCCCCCUCCCCUUUUCAAGUCCCUGCUCUGCACUCUGCGAAAGGGAGGAGAGUGACAGAUAUUUAUUUGCCAUCAGGAAAUCAAUCUCCUCCCUGCCAAACAUUGCAGACACCAGAUGGGUGUUUGUCUCGGGUGAAUGCAAACCAGGGACUUGCCCAACAUACGGCUGGCAGUGGUGCCAAUCUGGAGUCCAGCACCGUCUACAUCCUGAGAGGCAGGCCGGCAGCACCAGGCAGAUUCUUGAUGGCUCCAUGUUUUGCCCUUCAGAGAAGCUGCGCUGGGAGCUGGAGAAACACCAGGGGCAGCGAAGGCUGCCUGACCCUUGAGGCUCCAUUUGCAUUAGUCACAGGAGGGGUGGUGGUCAGCAAAGCAUCUUGAUUUUUAUUCUGAGAGCUGUUAAGAAGCAUAUUGAUCCAGGAAGGCGCCUGGACCCUAGAUAAACAGAUAUUAAGCUGGUGACACUGGGGAGCAAGGGUGUUUAUGUGUUUUUAGCACCUCCUUCCAAGGCUUCAAUCCUUCAUAAAGUAAGAGAGCCAUGAAUCUCACCAGUCAGUAACAGGUUUAGCACACUCCUGGGAGUGACUCUCAGAAGUAAGGCAUACUGAGUUCAGUAGGGUUUAAGGUAAAGGGUAAAGGGACCCCUGACCGUUAGGUCCAGUCGCGGACGGCUCUGGGGUUGCGGCGCUCAUCUUGCUUUAUUGGCCGAGGGAGCCAGCGUACAGCUUCCGGGUCAUGUGGCCAGCAUGACUAAGCCACUUCUGGCGAACCAGAGCAGCGCACGGAAAUGCCGUUUACCUUCCCGCCGGAGCGGUACCUAUUUAUCUACUUGCACUUUGACGUGCUUUCAAACUGCUAGGUUGGCAGGAGCAGGGACCGAGCAAUGGGAGCUCACCCCGUUGCGGGGAUUUGAACCACCAACCUUCUGAUCAGCAAGCCCUAGGCUCUGUGGUUUAGACCACAGUGCCACCCGUGUUUACUCCCAGGUAAAUGGGUGUAGGAUUAUUCUGCAAAAUGAGGCGUUCUACAAACAGUUCGAAUCACAGCAAAAGUCACCUGCUUGCACUUUAAUUGAUCUCUCUGCAGUGCAAAUGGCUCUCCCAACCUACCCCAUUAUGAAUUGAGAGGGUGGGAGAAAUGAGAGCAUAUUAUUUUAAUAUAAUGAUUCUGUGCUGCACAAGUGUACAAGAAAAAACAAACAUGUAACAAGCUAUUUCAAAUGUUGCAGCUGUGAAAUAUUAAGAGGUCGCAAAUUUGCAACCAAAAUGGUCAAAGGCCUGGAAACGAUGCCUUAUGAGGAACGGCUAAGGGAGCUGGGCAUGUUUAGCCUGGAGAAGAGGAGGUUAAGGGGUGAUAUGAUAGCCAUGUUCAAAUAUAUAAAAGGAUGUCACAUAGAGGAGGGAGAAAGGUUGUUUUCUGCUGCUCCAGAGAAGCGGACACGGAGCAAUGGAUCCAAACUACAAGAAAGAAGAUUCCACCUAAACAUUAGGAAGAACUUCCUGACAGUAAGAGCUGUUUGACAGUGGAAUUUGCUGCCAAGGAGUGUGGUGGAGUCUCCUUCUUUGGAGGUCUUUAAGCAGAGGCUUGACAACCAUAUGUCAGGAGUGCUCUGAUGGUGUUUCCUGCUUGGCAGGGGGUUGGACUCGAUGGCCCUUGUGGUCUCUUCCAACUCUAUGAUUCUAUGAUUCUAUGAUUCUAAAUUGGAUACAGUACGAGCAUACCUAACUGUGUCUGCAUUGCAAGCUCUUUAAGUCUCAUAUUAUUAGUAUUUUAACGAGUAUUUAUUAAAGUUAUUGGUUGCUUUUUCUGCCAUAGCAGCUUAAAGCGCCUUGCAAUGUUUUAAGGCAACAACCACAUAUGUAUGUUAAAGCCAGCUUUAAAAAGCAAUCUUAAAGACAAUUCUGGGUUUUUUAAAAGCAAAAUUAAAACAUCUCACCCAUGGAAAAAGAGCAUAGCUCAUUAAAAGCCAAAGGCCUGAUGGAAAAAAAGUUGUUUCUUGGCACACAAAGAUAUAUAAUGAUGGCACCAGGCGAGCUUCUCUGGGGUGAGUAUUCUACAAGCAGGAAGUCACAACUGCAAAGGCCGGUUCUCAUGGAAGGGGCACACAAAGGAGGGAGGAUCAUCUGAGGAUGAUGAUCGCAGAGGUAUUGGCUGUGGCAUUGUUGUUGUUUAGUCGUUUAGUCAUGUCCGACUCUUUGUGACCCCAUGGACCAGAGCACGCCAGGCAUUCCUGUCUUCCACUGCCUGCCGUAGGCAUAUGCCUAUGCCUGCUGUGGCAUAGGCAUCAAUAUAAUGUCGCUGUGUUGCACACUGCUCUGAAAAUCAUCCAAGAAAGAUGUUGGUUGGUUGGUUGGUUGGUUGGUUGGUUUAAUGGUACUGGAGACAGCCCAAGAUCUGCAUUCCCAGGGUCUGCGUUUCACUCAACAUUAAUUCAGGGCAGGAGUGUAGGGACAAAACAGUGGGAGGGGUACUAAACCCUUGUCAGUGUGCAUUUCUUGGUACAGAAAGUAUUGAUCUGAUGUGUAGAGAUCUUUCCUAUUCUAAUUAAUUCAAGAGGGUUCUGGAAGCUUCUCUGUGUGAAAGAAACAAGCUGAAGGUUCAUGGUGUUUGGGUGAUUUCUUCAGAGAAGAUGAGUAUAGCUGGUUUAAACUGGUUCUCUUAUCUCUUCUGUCAAGGUCAUGCUGACUGUAUUAAUAGGCCAGAAGGAGCCUGGGUUUUCUUUUCUUUCUUUCUUUCUUUCUUAAUUGAUUUUUAUUGAGUUUUAAAUUGGUUAUUCAUAUACACAUUCCAUUCACUCUUUAACAUAUAUCGUACACAUAUAAAAACCAUACAAUAACAAUAUUUCUACACAAGUGACUUCCCACCACCUCAGUGCGGCUUCUUCUGUCUUCUUUCUCGUUUCAACUGUGUUGUUUAUCCUUAUUGUCUUUCUAAUACAUAAUUUAUCUUAUCUAUCUGAUCUUUACCUUGCAAAAUUUAGUUUUAUUUGAGAACAAUGUUUUCCCAGAUGAUCUUUUACACAUUCUCUUUUCCCAGAUGAUCUUUUACACAUUACUUUCUCUUUCUAUCUCUUUUCCUUCUGGUGUGGUGUUCUGUAUAUAGUGCCAAGGUUUAGUCUUAUUAUAAGUUAUUGUAAUAUUAAGUUAAGUCUGCUGCAACUGGAUUUCUUAUGGACAGUGCCAAUCCUGAAUGUAUUAGAUUUGUGACCAUUAUGCUCAUUUGCCUUCAGUAGCAGUAAAGCUCUGCUGGAUGAAAUGCAAUUGCCUCUGGUCUAUUUAUUGAGAAUCCUGCAACGUGUUUAAGUUUUAAUUCUGCUAACUAUACGUUGGAAUCUACUCUGGAUCAAUAUUGAGUAGAAUUCCAUGACAACCCUUCCCGUCCACUGAUUCUUCUGCUCCAGUGCUCUCCCAGGCAGAUGCUGGACUGCAGCUGUCUCCCAUUAUCGCUGAGCAGUGGGUGUGCUGCCUGGGGCUAAUGACAGGUGGAGUCCACAGAUCCCCCACCCCUCCCUUAGCAAGUGCAGGAUUAGAAGACUACAGUGGUACCUCGGGUUACAGACGCUUCAGGUUACAGACUCCACUUACCCAGAAAUAGUACCUCGGGUUAAGAACUUUGCUUCAGGGUGAGAACAGAAAUCGUGCUCUGGCGGCGCAACGGCAGCAGGAGGCCCCAUUAGCUAAAGUGGUGCUUCAGGUUAAGAACAGUUUCAGGUUAAGAACGGACCUCCAGAACAAAUUAAGUUCUUAACCCGAGGUACCACUGUAUUGAUUGAGGCAACUUGUAGUUCCACCCUAGGUAGGUUUGUGACACUUGCUAUCUGAGUUCCCACAUGAUACAAAGAGGGAUAUCCCUGUCUUAAGAGGGGGGAAGGAGCCAACCAGCUCAUCAGGGAGCAGAGAAGUCAAGAAGGUCCCCAUGACCUUCCUUCCCUCUAAGAAUCUCUUUAUUCCCAGUUGUACACUGUUGCUGCCCAUUCCCACGAUCUUUUCUAUUCUCUUUUUCAGCACAGCUACAGAGAAGUGGGAAUCCUACUCCUGUACUUGGCCGUUGGGGUGUCCGUUUUCUCCGGAGUGGCCUACACAGCUGAAAAGGAAGAAGAUGUUGGCUUUGAUACCAUCCCCGCCUGCUGGUGGUGGGGGACAGUGAGCAUGACCACCGUCGGCUACGGAGAUGUUGUUCCAGUGACUGUGGCUGGCAAGCUGGCUGCUUCCGGCUGCAUUCUGGGCGGGAUUUUGGUCGUGGCGUUGCCCAUCACCAUCAUCUUCAACAAGUUCUCCCACUUCUACCGCCAGCAGAAGGCCCUCGAGGCCGCUGUGCGGAACAGUGAUAAGAAGGAACCGGAGGACUCUGAGAAUUACCCGAGCCAAGAGUCAGAGUUUUGCAGUGAGGCCUACCAGAGAGACGAUGACUUUACCAGAAACAUACUUCCAGUCCAUUGAGAUGGACAGGGAAUCAGGGAUUUCAAUUCUGGCAUCAGGCUUCCAGGCAAGGAGCUCGUGAGAUGGUCGCAGGAGCAAAUAUCUCGGCCAUUGUGGGCCCAUUAGUUAUCAGUGACCUGUUGCAGAAUCACUUGCCUCCUGAGCCAAUACAGGAUACCAACUCACCUUAUGCAUCUGGAUAUCCAGUAUUUUGCCCAAGACGCUAUACACUGUGACUGACUCGAUCCUCUACCCACCAAGGGACCGUUGGAGCCAAAUGGCCAAACUGCUAUGCUUCUUGAUGCAGCCCAUAUUUCAUCCCUCCAGAGCAGCAAAAGAGGGUAGCUUUACCAUUAUCAGCACUUUUUAAGGCCCUUGCAGGGGUGUGUGAGUGGGGAAAAUGCUAUUAGCAACCCUCAGGUAUAACCGACAGGCAGGGGAGCAAGGCAUCCUGGCUGGAUUGGAAAUGCAAGUCUAGAAUCCUAGCAGAUAAUAGGCAAAUGGCGCAACCAUUUUUUAAAGGCUCUUUUUCUCAUUUUAGGCGUUCAGCAGCCAUCCCAGUAACAACCACCAUGUCCUUAGUUCAGAUACAACCAAAUGCUCUCCACUGUCCAUCAAGUUGUCAAUACACAACAUUAUCCCCACCCCCCACCCCAAUUUCUGUGCUCUGGAGACCGGAUUAUGAUUCUGCUUCAGCUGUUGCCAAAGAGACCAGAUAACGGUUGCAAAGUCUUUCCUGAGUUUCUGUGACAAAGUGUUGUUUGUGGCUCAUGAGAUUUAUAGAAGAAAGAACCUCCUGGCUCCCUUGAUAAAUGUCUGUCCAACAGAGACAGUGGAGACUUAUCAGUGGAUGCAGAAGAAUUAAAUAGAUUUGAAGCUGAUGAAGGAAAACAGGACAGGGUGUUGUGGGAGAAUUGUGAUACCUUGAUGUGCUGAAUAAGGGUUGGAGUACAUCACGGGGUGGGUGGGGCUGCUACUUAGUGCCUCAUAGCCAAUUCUCCACCCCAACCCUUAAUGUUUUCGAAUGAAAUGGAUGCUUUUUCUACAACUAUGCAUGGUAUACUGUUGAGAAAUUGGAGAGGGAACUACCCACUCCCCUUGCCUUCUCAGCAUUGGUGCCCAAAGC